CUUCUUGGAACUUUGCUGGGCACACACAGAGGAAGUCUCCCACCCACGGGGCUGCCACCCCCUGAAGGACCCCAGGGUGGCCCCGCAGAGAGCCCGCAGCCAGAGGAAUGGCCCCCGGGACCCCGAGGCCCCCCUCCCAGGUGAGUGCAGCCCCUCCCCCGGCCAGGCUGGGAUCCAGCAGAACUCAGAGCUGGGUCCCUGCCAGGCAAAGAGGUGGGGGCGGGCGCUGCUGAGCACUUCCAGCACCUUGUUCUGUCCUCACAGCAAAGGCAGCAGGCCCUGAGCUUCUCCCCCACAUGCCCUGCUGACAGCCCUUCCCCCCUGGCCACAGGAGGGCCUCAGUGGGAGAAGCUGGGGAAUGGGGGGUGUGUGUGACAGACAGCAUUGGGCUUCCCCAGGAGGAAAGAGCCUGGCAGGGCUGGCACCAGGAUGGGCAGAGGGGCGCCAGGGGAGAGGGCUCAGGCUUCCUUUUCUUUUUUUGAAACGUUUUAAAGUUUUGAAAGUGGCUUCAGGGCCCUGUUUAUUACUAAUGUGUCUCUCAGGCUCUCCAACCCAGAACAUUCACAAUUUAAUACAUUUCUUUUUUGUUUGUUUUUUUUUAAUUCGUUUAUUGAAAACUGAAAAGGGAAAAAAUCAAACCUCUCCCCCAUGUAACAAGUCUAAUGUAAAAAGGACCGAGGUUCAGUUGAUCCAGAAAGUUCCCCCUCACACACAAUCCUUCCUUGGGGAGGACACAGAGAAAUCCAUGGCCAAAUGUGAACACGUUUCUUAAGACAACUGAGCUGUCCAUUUCCUGUUAUUGGCGGUAUUAGCCGAGGAUCAGCCUUACUGGAACGAAUUGAACCCUGGCCAGCCCUCUUCCAGGGCACAGACAGUGUGGAGGAUGUUGGGCUCCCGUCAAUGACAGCAGCAGCCACUCAGGCUGGGCUGAGCAGGGCUGCUGUGGCUGUUGGUGGCUGGGAGUACCCUGCAGAGGUUCUGGCUCAGCACCCUCCUGCUCAUGACCUUUGCUGGAGUGACGCAUCUGUCUGGGAGGGCAGGUGUGGAGGGCAAAGAUCUCUCCUAAAAUGUCCAGCAUAGUAUCAGAGCAGUUCCUUUACUGUGGGCAGGAUAACGAAAGAGAGAGCAUGAGUUAAAUCCUUUCACCAGUGAAGAACUUACUCCCUCGGGGAUGACAGGUUGGGAUUUCUUUUUUUUGUUUUUAAACCCUUACCUUCUGUCUUAGAAUCAAUGCUGUGUGUUGUUUCCAAGGCAGAAGAGCACUAAGGGCUCUUAGCCUUGUAAGUAGGCAUUGGGGGUGAAGUGACUUGCUCAGGGUCACACAGCUAGGAAGUGUCUGAGACUACAGAUUUGAACCAGGAGCUCCCCUCUCUAGGCCUGGCUCUCCACUGAGCCACCUAGCUGCCCCCUGAGGUUUCUUUAACUGUGUCCUCAAGCGCCAACAAGGAGAAAGAAGAAUAUCACUUUGUAUGGUAUGAGAAUUAAAAUUAAUAUACAAUAACUCAAAUUAUAUUUUUAAGAUUUAUUAAUAAUAGCUAAAAAAACAAACAAACUAGAGUCACAAGAGAAGAGCCUUAGAAGGAAAAGUCACAGAAACUUAUAAACAAUAACACAACACAAAUGUGAGGAUGCCGGGGAAAGGAUGCUGGGAGAUACUAAAGGAAUUUGGGAGAACGGAGUCCUGGGGUUCAAGAUUUUCUCCUUAAUACAAUAGGCUCGGCCAAAAUCUCCGUUCUCGAUGAAGGAGUUUCAGAAGGUUCAGAUGAUACAGGUCAUUCCAGUGAGAGUUGUCAGCAAGGUAAAAGGAGGAGAGAAUUCCAAAAGUACCAACUGAAAGAGUGGAAAAUGUUUUUUUAAAAAUCAUCAGAAAAAGAAAACCAGAAAGUUUCAUCACCCAAAUUCCUUUUCUUAGAGAAAUUAAGACAAAAUAGCUGGCCAUUUGAGGUGGGUUUGGCCUAAGGUCUUAUUAUGAUGAUCUUAAAUGUUCUGUUUCUCCUCUCAGCUUAUAAACAAAGGAAAUGAGUGUACCAAGAGAGUAAUUCAAAUAGCAAAGGUCAUACAUGAGCAAUUGACAACAUUAACUAACAUCAGGCUUCUUUGCAAUGUCGUUCGUUGUCCAUCCUCAAUGGCAAGAAACUCCAUCUCAGAUCUCAGCUGUCUCAGGUAGUUGUUUGAGGUUCAAAAACCAUACUUUAGAUCUUUCCAUGUCCCAUGAGAAUCAAUUCCAUUGAACAUAACAGGAUCAUCUAACCUGUUGCUUUCUCAUAUUUUUCAUUUCGCUUCCUUGAGGAGGACAAGGUUUUUUGAUUCAAGAUUGAAUUUUCAUCUGUAGAAUUUUGAUUUUGCAUCCUCAAGGAUUUCUUAAGAUCAUAUUUUUAAUAAGUUCACUAAUAAUUACUUUAUCAAUAACUAUCCCUAAGUAUGAUGAUUAUGUGCUUAAAUUUUAGGCUUCUGAUCUUUCUUGGGUCCUUACUGUGUUCGAAUUUCCAUUUUGAUGUAAUUUAGGAACAGAUUUUUCUGUUAAUUAUCUUUGGAUGUGGUAUAAAAUUACAUUAACUAUUAAACAUUUUUGAUAUGCUUGACCAUAGUUAUAUCAUGCUCCUAUUUAUUCUUGUUUGAAAUACAAAUCUGAUAAUGGCAACAGUAGAGAAAAAUAUGUGAGUGAUCUAAAAAAAACUAGAUCGAAAGGAUAGUUUCUUUAUAUGAUAGAAUUUGUACCAUUAAUGAGACACCUGUUAGAGAAGUGAUUAAACCUAUAUCUUUGAAGAUUGAACCAAAAGGUAGAUGAAAGAAAAGUCUUUGAAGCUACUUCCUUUUUUUGUUAACUUUUUUAACUUGUCGACAUAGUGUGUUAUACCUAUCCAGUGGAGUCUCUUGUUUAGUAUUGUGAGGGAUGCUUUUAUCGUUGACAUUUAAUUGAAUAAAAUGGUUGUAUGAAUUAAAAGACAGAAAUCCUUGGGCUUAAUCUUCAAGGAAUCAUAGUGUUAACCCCAGCCUUUAAAAGGGUUUAAAUUGUUAAACAUGUCAUGAUUGGUCUCCAUCCUGGUAAACUAAAAUAAGACUUGACCUGUUUUUUGCCUUUGAAAAUAAUUUUCUCAAUUGAAUCAUCCGUCAGUAAAAUACCAAGUUUGCUGAUAAGAGAUGUGUUAGGGUACUCGAUGUAGAUAACAAUCCAGCCCUGUUAUCAACACAGGGAAGGGAAAGUUGUUUUGAGAUCAACAAGCAAUUAACUUUAGCUAGUAAAUCAGAGAAGAGACAAUCUUGAGUUACUAACUGCUGAAUUAAAUGCAUUAAUUCAACACUGUAGUCUUAGAAAUUUAUUACCAUCUUUAUAGAAGGAAAAGGCGAUGAAGCACUAAGAUUUUUCACAGUCAAGAAAACGUUUACAAGUUAAUUUAUUUAGAAUACUGACAAAAAAGGAGAAAGUUUACAUCUGUAAAUGUAAGAUGUAACAUCAGUGAAUUAGUUUGAAAUACUAUGAAAAUAUAUACUUUUAGAAUAAGAAUAGUUUCAUUGGUUUAAUGUAAAAAUCAGUGUAACUGAUACAAUCUGCAUGUAUCAGGGACUUUAUAAGAACUAAUCUCAAUUUACCAGUUUUUACUAUGGGCUAAGUAAUGUCUGACAUACAUUGAAUGAAGCAACAUGCUAAGAUAUUGUGUUUUGCUGCGAGCUUAGAGCCUGCCUUGCUCACGGUUUCAAGGGUCACCAGCCAGUUGGGGCGGUGACGAUGGAAGUGAGUGAUGGAAGACAGCUUAUGUGUGUUAGCCUAGGGCCAAGCUUUGCAUGGAACUGCUUCCACUAGACCCAGGUUUGGUUGAUUUUUAUACCCCAGUGAAUACAUAUUCAACAUACAUGUUCAAAUGCAGAUAAUUGAGUGACACAUUAACUUUUGACAUCAUUUGAUUAACAUUCUGUGAUCAUUCUAUACACUUAUAUUGUUACUAUUGAUUCUGACAAGGAGCACAAAGGUUUUGCAAAGGAUAAAUGGUUUCAUCACAGGUGGCAUAACUAGAGGUCAGUUUUUUCAUUAACCUGUGAGGUGCUUGGGCUUAUGGGCAAUCAGAGAAAAUCAUUUGUUACUUUUUUUUCCCAUUUGAAUAAGCGUAUUUAGUCAAUUUAGAACAUUGUUCCUUGGUUACAAUAAUCACAUUAUUUCCCUCCCUCCCUCCCUCCCCUCCACCCCCUUCCAGCAGCCAAUGCACAAUUUCAUUGGGUAUUACUUAUGUCCUUGAUUAGAACCUAUUUCCAUGUUGUUGUUUACACUAGGAUGUCCAUUUAGAGUCUACAUCCCCAACCAUAUCCCCUCGACCCCUGCAGUCAUGCAGUUGUUUUUCUUUGGUGUUUUUACUCCCACGGUGUUUCCUCUGGAUGUGGAGAGUGGUUUUUCUCACAGAUUCCUCCAAGUUGUUCAGGAUCACUGCAUUGCCACUAAUGGAGAAGUCCAUUACGUUCGAUUGUACCACAGUGUAUCAGUCUCUGUGUACAAUGUUCUCCUUGUUCUGGAGGCUGUUCCAGUGUCCAUGGAAUUCCUCCACUUUAUUAUUCCUUUUAGCACAAUAGUAUUCCAUCACCAACAUAUACCACAAUUUGUUCAGCCAUUCCCCAAUUGGAGGGCAUUCCUUCAUUUUCCAAUUUUUGGCCACCACAAAGAGCGCAGCUAUGAAUAUUUUUGCAUAUGUCUUUUUUCCUUAUUAUCUCUGGGGUACAAACCCAGCAGUGCUAUGGCUGGAUCAGUCUUUUAUGCCCUUUGGGCAUAGUUCCAAAUUGCCCUCCAGAAUGGUUGGAUCAGUUCACACCUCCACCAGCAAUGAAUUAAUGUCCCAACUUUGCCACAUCCCCUCUAACAUUCAUUACUUUCCUUUGCUGUCAUGUUAGCCAAUCUACUAGGUGUGAGGUGAUACCUUGGAGUUGUUUUGAUUUGCAUUUCUCUGAUUAAAAGAGAUUUAGAACACUUUUUCAUGUGCUUAGUAAUAGUUUUCAUUUCUUUAACUGAAAAUUGCCUAUUCAUGUCCCUUGCCCAUUUUUCAAUUGGAGAAUGGUUUGAUUUUUUUGUACAACUGGUUUAGCUCUUUAUAAAUUUGAGUAAUUAGACCUUUUUCAGAGGUUUUUGUAAUGAAGAUUGUUUCCCAAUUUGUUGCUUCCCUUCUAAUUUUGGAUGUAUUAGUUUUGUUUGUACAAAAACUUUUUAAUUUGAUGUAAUCAAAAUUAUUGAUUUUACAUUUUGUGAUUUUUUUUCUAGCUCUUGCUUGAUUUUAACGUCUUCCUUUUCCCAAAGAUCUGACAAGUAUACUAUUCUGUGUUCACCUAAUUUGCUUAUAGUUUCUUUCUUUAUAUUUAGGUCAUUCACCCAUUCUGAGUUCAUCUUGGUGUAGUCAUUUGUUACUUUUAAAAAUAGAUAAUCGAGUUAUAGAGACAAUCAGCAAACAGUACAGCCAAGUUGAAGGAUCAAAGGGGUAAUAGAAGCACAAGUAGUUUUAAUAUUAAACUAAUCAUUUUUCAGUUUCAUUGGGGAGUUUCCAAGAUAGGUUUUGGUUGGUAAACCAAGGCACUGAGGCAUGAUGUACUAAGGCAUGGUAUACAAGCCUCUCCCUAUGAUGAUUUAUGUACUGGCUUAGGAGAAUUUGUUUCUGUGCAUGGGAAUAGGGGAUUUCUGAGCACAGAUUUAUUAAGAGUUAUAAACAUAAGCAGAAGUUAACCCAUGAGAGUCUUUUGGAUUUGGUUAUGUGAAUAUGGUCUUUUGGUGGUAUUCUGGGGGCAUAAUGUACAAGUAUUUGCUCUUAUAUUAUUUUUCCUGAAGGUGGGGAGAGAACAAUAAUUGUAGCAAUUUUAAUAAUAAGGGAUGUUAGUGAGAGAAGUCACACAGAGGUGGGCUGAGUCGAUGUCUCCAUCCUGCCAAGGAGCCACUUUGUGACCUCCUGGCCUCCACGUGUGACUGUGUCAAGACAUUGUGGCUUGACAGCCUCCAGCAGUGUUUAAAUGGUAAAGUCUUUUUUAAAACCUAGAAUCUUUUGAAUUAUUGAUUAGAAAUUAAAAUGAUACUUUGUGUGGCACACAGCCUAUUGGUAAUGAUGGGGGAGGGGUACAAGGAAUGUUGGAUCUGAAUAGGAAAGAAUUAAGACAGGUGCAGUUUAGUAAGGGAUUUUAAUCAAAGAUCCAAGGAGGGACUAAACUGUCUAGAGAAUAAUUUUAAUUAUAUAGAAAUGAGAGGAGUGAAGAACGUUUUGAAAAAGUCUAUUUCCAUUAAUUGAGUAAACGGAGAAGUUGAAUGUAAAAGGUAGGUAUGUUUUACUGCUGAUAAGAUCAAACAAUUGUUCUUGUGUUCUUGUGUUUUGAAACAAUAAAGAGCAUCAAUCUUUUAUCUUUGAGGUCAAUAGGUCAAUUAGGUAGUUCAAAUUAUAUCCAAUUAAUCUAUAAGUUAAAGUAUUUUUUCCAAAAAUUUUAGAAGCAAAACCCUUUAAAAGAACCAUUUGAGGGGGCAGCUUGGUAGCUCAGUAGAUUUGAGAGCCAGGCCUAGAGAUGGGAGAUCCUAGGUUCAAAACUGGCCUCUUCAAAUCAGACACUUCCCAGCUGUGUGACCCUGGGCAAGUCACUUAACCCCCAUUGCCUAGCCCUUACCACUCUUCUGCCUUCGAACCAAUAUACAGUAUUAAUUCCAAGACAGAAGGUAAUGGUUAAAAAAAUAAAAAAGAAGAAUCAUUUGACAAAUAUGAUUAUAUACUUUAAAUUUACCAAAUCUAUGAUCAUUACAAAACAUGACAUUUAUUGAAACUUGUAUAAUAAUAGCAAUACACAGCAUGUAUAUUCCAAUUAAAUCUGAUGGAUAGUUUUCUAAAUAUAGAAUCUGGAUUUCAUUUAUGUUCUUUCCCUCUCUACUCCCAUAGCCAAUGAGCAAUUACACUGGGUUUUAUUAAUAUUUGAAUUUGGGUGAUUAUUUUAGUGUCUAAAUCCCCAAUCAUAUCCCCAUCAAACCAUGUGAUCAAGCAAAUGUUUUUCUACUCCUACAGUUAUUUUUCUGGAUGUGGAUAGCAUUCUUUCUCAUAAGUCCCUCAGAAUUGUCUGGGAUCAUUGCAUUGCUGCUAUUAGAGAAGUCAGUUACAUUCGAUUGUGCUAUACUGUGUCAUUCUCUGUACAGUGUUCUCCUGAUUCUGCUCCUUUUGCUCGACACCAGUUCCUGGAGGUCGUUCCAGUUCAUAUGGAAUUCUUCCAGUUCGUUAUUCCUGUUAACACAAUAGUACUCCAUCUCCAUCAGAUACCACAAUUUGUUCAGCUAUUCCCCAGUUGAAGGACGCCCCCUCAUUUUGCAGUUUUUUAUCACCACAAAGAGGAUGGCUAUGAAUAUUUUUAUACAACCUUUUUAAAUUAUCUCUUUGGUAUACAAACCCAGCAGUGGUAUGGCUGGAUCAAAGGGCAAUCAGUCAUUUAAAGCCUUUUGGGCAUAGUUCUGUAAAUGUUAAAAAACUGUAAGGAUAAUUUUAGUGUUUUGACUCAAAAUUUAAAAUAAGCAGUUGCCAUGGGAAAUUCCCAAAUAUGAAAAAUACCCAAGUCAGCUGGGAUUUAUAGAGAUUUUAAUUAAUAAAGAAAGUAGGAUUAAGGGAAGGAUAAAGGGAGAGAUAGGUAGAGAGAGAGAGAGAGAGAGAGAGAGAGAGAGAGAGAGAGAGAGAGAGAGAGAGAGAGAGAAUUAAUUUAAACUGCUCUUGCUCAGGCUGAGCCAAGCAGUAGUAAAAGGGCCUAGGCCAAAAUGGCCUAGCCCUGAGCCUAAGGGAGAGCGAGUCAGUCUUCAUCACUCACCACAAGAUCGUCUCCAAGCUGGGUUCUUCCACUCCAAACUGAAAUUACUCUCCAAACUGAAUUCAAUUGUCCCUUAACUGUUCCUUUGCCUCCUUUUAAAGAGAUUUUUCUCUUAUUUCACCUCCCCUAAAUUUUCACGUCUACCAAUCACAGUAGACGCCUUUUCCCAGGACUAUCCAUUCUUAAUUUUCACCUUCUUUGGUUUUCACCUUCUCUGGUUAGAUGAAAUCCUCUGAGUACUUCACACCUCUUUGUUAAGCUUGCCUUUUGUAAGUUACUUGACCUUUUUAGGUACUAAUUUAACCUUUACAGGUACUUAACAACUUUUUGUAUUAGAUCUAAAAAUAGACCUAGCUUAAGGUUCUAGCUUUACUAUAAGGUAUGAGUUGGGGACUUUCAUUGUUCAAUCAGGAGUUUACAACUUUAUCUUCCCCUAAGGCACUGUAUGAGUAGGGUGAAGUAAUUUUAAAAGUUCCCAAUACAUUCUUAAUUCUUGUUAGAACAAGUAUCUCCAUUGUUACAAUAGGGGAAUAGCUUAACCAAAUCUUCUAAGGUACAGUCUGAGUAAAUUUUAAGAUUCACAGUUUCAAAUUGCAUUCAAGAAUGAUUGGAUCUAUUCCCAACUCCACCAGCAAUGUAUUAGUGUCCCAAUUUUGCCACAUUUCCUCCAACAUUUAUCACUUUCUUGUACUGUCAUAUUAGCCAAUCUGCUAGGUGUGAGGUUGUACCUUAGUUGUUUUGAUUUCCAUUUCUGAUUAUGAGAGAUUUAGAACACUUUUUCAUGUGCUUAUUGAUAGUUUUGAUUUCUUUAUCUGACAAUUGCCUAUUCAUGUCCCUUACCCAUUUCUAAACUGGGGAAUGGCUUGAUUUUUUUUUUUGUACAAUUGAUUUAGCUCCUUAUAAAGAUUUUUUUCCCCAAUUUGUUGCUUCCCUUCUAAUUUUGGUUGUAUUGGUUUUGUUUGUACAAAACCUUUUUAAUUUAAUAUAAUCAAAAUUAUUCAUUUUACAUUUUGCAAUAUUUUCUUUCUCUUGCUUUGUCUUAAAUUCUUUCUUUUCCCAUAUAUAUGAUAGAUAUACUAUUCUAUGUUCACCUAAUUUACUUAUAGUUUCAUUCUUUAAAUUUAAGGCAUUUACCCAUUUGAAAUUUAUCUUGAUAUGGGAUGUGAGAUGUUGAUCCAAACCUAUUCUGUCCCAUACUUUUUUCCAAUUUCCCUAGCAGUUUUUGUCAUACAGUGUGUUCUUGUCCUAAAAGCUGGUAUCUUUGAGUUUAUUGUAUACUAUCUUGCCGAGGAUAUUUAUCCCAAGUCUAUGCCAUUGAUCCUUCUGUCUCUUAGCCAGUACCAUAUUGUUUUCAUGACCACUGCUUUAUAGUACAGUUUAAGAUCUGAUACUGCUAGGCCACAUUCCUUUACAUUUUUUUAUUAGUUCCCUUGAUAUUUUUGAUCUUUUGUUCUUCCAAAUGAACUUUGUUAUUUUUUCUGAUUCAAUAAAAAAAGUUUCUUGAUAAUUUAAUAGGUAUGGCAUUUCUUUUUCUUCUCUAAUUGCUGCCUUAAUAUUUCUAGUACAAUGUUAAAUAAUAGAAGUGAUAAUGGGCAUGCUUGCUUCACUCCUGAUUUUAUUGGGAAGGCUUUUAACUUAUCCCCAUUGCGGAUGGUGCUUGCUGAUGGUUUUAGAUAUAUACUGUUUAUUAUUUUUAGGAAAGGUUCAUCUAUUCCUAUACUUGCUAGUAUUUUCAGUAGGAAUGAGUGUUGUAUUUUGUCAAAGGCUUUUUCUGAAUGUGUUGAGAUAAUCAUGUGAUUUCUGUUGGUUUGGUGGUUGAUAUGGUCAGUUAUAUGGAUGGUUUUCCUAAUGUUAAACCAUCUGCAUUCCUGAUAUAAAUCCCACCUGAUCAUAAUGAAUAAUCCUCAUGAUCACUUGCUGGAGUCUUUUUACUAGUAUUCUGUUUAAGAGUUUUGCAUUUCUUAUGGUAGAACUUUUCAUUCAGAACACCUCAUAGGUUCUUUAAAGUUCACAGAAGGAACAGAGAAUGCAAAUCGAGGGCAAUCAUCAGGAAAUAAAGGAAUGUGGGGAAAACAAUCCUUCAGAUUCACAAGUAUUAUUACUUGUAGUAAUACUUCUCUCAGGAGAGAGAAAUUUUAGCCAGGACCCAGAGGCAUUUCUUAAUACAAAAAGGUAUGAAAAUAGCCCAGCUACUUUUGUUACCCAUUAAAGAAUCGAGAGAAGAGAGAGACAGUGAAACAGUGAAUCUAAGUCCAGACACUUCAGGACUGUACUGGUGACAGCAAAUUACACAUGGCAAACCUAUAUUCUCUAUAUUUAUAGGCAGAAAAGUCGUUAGAGGUUUAUUAGACAUUGGAGCCGAUGUCUUUGCCAUUUCACUCAGUUAGUGGUCCUCUACCAGUUAAUGGCUGAUCCAGUUAAUCAGUUAGAAGGUAUUGGGAAACCUGAAAACAUUAAGCAAGCAGCUAGGGAACUGGCUUGGUCAGAUGACGAGGGGCACAAGGGUACUUGCACACUACAGAUUUUAGAUAUCCCACAUUCCCUAUGGGGAAGGAACAUCUUAUCUGAAAUUAAAUUAACAUUAUCUAUAUGUCCUAGUGUGCAACAGGAUUUUUACUUGAGGCCCCUGAAUAAUUCUCCCCCUCAAUUUGCUGCUCCACCCAUAUGGCUAACAUCUAAGGCUGUUUGGAUCUAUCAGCCUACAAAAGGGGAGAAACUUCAACAUAUUAAUAGAUUGGUCCAAGAACAGUGGGACUUAGUUCAUAUCAGGGAAUCCACUUGCCCUUGGAACACUCCAAUUUUUACUAUUCCAGAGAAAUCAGGAAAAUGGAGGCUAGUUCACAAUUUAAGAAAAGUAAAUGAACAAAUGGCAGCCAUGGGUACCUUGUAAUCAGGAAUUCCAUCCCCUAUAGCUAUACCAAAUGAUACAAAAGAGUAGUGUUUGAGGGUGAUUUGAUCCCUGUACCCAUUCGACUAGCCUGUAGCAGGUCAGGAAUCCUGUCGAUGUUAUUAUCCCUGGCAGAUAGGGCAUUGUGGUCUUGUAUAUUUAAUGGGUUUGAGACAAGCCCUAAUUCAAGUGUCCCCAAUGCUGUUGUGUGUUAAUCAGGGCCCCAUUAAUUUUUAAUUUAGAAAAACACUGGUUAGCCCAAUGCCUACCCUUUUAGCAGCAAGAACAGAUCCCAAGCAGUAGAGGCUGCUGUCACAAGGUGGGGUGUGUGCUUUGAAAAUGAGUUAUGGUGCUCACAUCUUGGCAUGCUCAGAUAUGUUCUGAUAUGGUGCCUGAGGUCUUUGUGGGGGCCAGGGCUCAUUUACAAAUCUCCUUUUGCAUUUUCAUAAGAUAAUUGUUUGAUAAUGUUUUAAUAGUUACAGUACGUAAUUAGGUGAGGGGAAGGAUAGUAAUACUGAGGGAAACAUACAAAUUAUUGAUUUUAUUAUCAGGAAAAGGGAUGAAGGGUUUGGGAAUAGAAGGAAGGAAAUGGGUAACUGCUAACACUUAUCCCAGAUAUCAAACCCUCUAAUAACUAUCCUAAAUCUAAAUGAGAUCCCUAAAAUUAGUCUAACAGAGUAACAGAGUCUCUCACACACACAAGAGUCCUUGAUGAACCAGAAGUCUCAAUAGAUGUUCACAGAUGCUCCCAGCAGGGUAGAAGUCUUUCUCCCGACAGGCUUUCCAGCAGUCUUACCAAUUAUACUCUCUCACCCCAGCUGAAAUCCUCAAAGGCCAGUUGUUGAUGGAUGAUCAGGAUCUCUUCAGACUAACACCUUAUUCCCUUUUUCCCCCUACUCCUCCAGAGAGAGAAUGGCAGUAGUUGGGAAAAAACCCUCCUCAACUGUUUGGAACUUUCACCCAAUAGGCUCAUGAGAUUCGAAGUCCUGUCAAUCAUUUGCAAUUGCUACCUUUCCUUGAUACAGUCCCCCCUUGGCACAAAGCCUUGGUAUUUGUGCACAAUCUAAAGUACUUAGAAAUUACCUAAACUAAAUUAUCUACCCAAAAUAACAAGCAACUUACCCUCAACUAUCUUAAUCUAAAUAAUACUAACCUAUUCUAGCGGUUUUAACAAGGAAAGGGAAAAAAGAAUUAAAUAAUGAACAAGUAAAAUUUCAAACAUAAGCAAACCACAAGCAAAUAACAUCAAAAGCAAAAAAUGAACACAACUACCAUGCAAACAUUAAAUGCAUAAAUACUACUCUUCUCAACUAAUACAGAACAUUCUAAUACUAUUAUAAUAUAUUAACAUCAAACUUAGAGAAAAAUUUUGAACAUUAUAAUAAGCACAACAUUGCAUAAGUUUUUACAAAGAAAUUAAACCAAAACAUUAAACUCUCUUAUGCAAACUCUGUGUAAUAAUAAAUAUAAGCAAGCUAUGGACAUAAUUUAUACACAUACAUAUACAUAUAUACAUAUAGUAUGUAUGUAGUAGUCUCUCGGUAACUGAGGAUGACGAUUGUCUUUGUGCGUUUUUGUGCACAAAGACACCUGUGCAUGAAGAUUUAAGUGGAAAAGUUGAUGCACAGAGACAGUCCCACUCUCUCGGCGUUGGAAGCCUGGGUCCAGUGGCAUGAAAAGUCGUUACACCUGGAGACUUCCUCAGCUGCAUUGGAUGGCCGUGUUGUCCUUUGUGCUCCAACACGCCCUGAGCACUCCACAGUGCCUUGCUGCGUCGCCAUCUCAGCCGUGGAACCUUCUUGUUGGUUUCUUCCACCUCUUCCACCAAAACAGGCUUCACAUGCUGGGUGAGCAAAGCCCUGGUACACCAGGGGUCGACGACCCGAUGGCUUCCCUCACAAGGUUUAGCUGGCCUGUCGAACCCAUAGUACACACAUACAAAUAUAUAGGUGUGCUAUACAUAUACACUUAUAUAUACUUCAUAUUUACACAUGAUACCCAUCUUACAUAUAUACUUACACUGCAGUACAAUUAAUUUACAAUCCUAUUAUACACACUAUUUACAUAUAUUUAGAUAUGUAUUUACAGUUUUGUGUGAUAUGUGAAGUUAUGUUACUUGUAUUAUGUAAUGUAUUUUAUGCAAGUCAGUAUCUAAUCUUACCUACUUAAUCCUACCUAACUAAAUCUCUAUCUUCAUAAUUCUUCUGUGUACCUAAAUUUCUAUACUAAAACUAAGUAUCUAAGUAGCUAGCUAAGUUUUGUUAGUAACUAACUACUCUACAGCUAAUUAUAACAGUAUUAGUAUCCUAACUAUACAUUGUUUCACUCAUUCAAAUAGUGAUUCAAUGUAACCUUACCAUGUAUAUGUUUUUGUGUAUUUAUGUUUUGUUGUUUUGUGUUAUAAUACCCACAAUUUUAAUUCAUUAGUCCUUCAUUAGUCCAUUAGUUCUGUGAUCCUCUUCAUUGCAAAUUUCUCAAAGUCUUUAAAUUUAUGUUACAGUCUUUUAACAAUGUCCAUUAAUUUCUAGAAUUUUCUCUUGAUUUGUAUUGUCCUCUUCUAUCCUCUUCCACUGGAAUGGUCCUCUCCUUACUGAUCUUUUUGACUGCAGGCUCAAUUUGCCUGAUGAUUCUAACUUUCUACAAUUUCUUCAAUGAUUUGUGCAUUCUCAUUAUUUAUACCAUGUGCUAAUUUUAUAUGUGAACAAUGAUACCAUGAAUGUCUACCCAAAAUUUUUACUGAAGAUGGAGAAAUUAACACGGUGGUGUAAGGACCUACCCAACACUCUUGUGUUGCUUAUGUUUUAACAAAGUUUUUAAUAUACCAUAUCUCCUGGUUUGAAAUCAUGGAGAGAAUAAUCCAAUGGACCAGAUUGAGUUAAUACUCCCAUAUCAUGUAAUUCUUUGAGUCGUUGUUGUAAAGUACCUAAGUAUGAAGGAAGUUGAUAGUCUCCUAAGAGUGAUGUAUAGACUAUCUUAUAAGUUUUUGCUUUUAGUGGAGCAUGUCCAAAAAGCAUUCCAUAUGAUGAUACAUGCAGAUCUGCAGGGGUUCAUCCUGACUGCUGGUGCUCACUAUAUUUCUCCAAAACGAAUUGAGAAUAUUCAAAAUUUAAGUGCUCCUACUACUAAGAAACAGUUGAGAGCAAUUUUAGGAACAACAGGGUUUUGCAGACAAUGGAUUCCUUGCUGUGGGGAAAUUACUAAACCCCUUGUAGCACUAACAAAAGAUUCGGUUCCUGAACCCCUCAAAUUAGAGCCUGAAUACUUGUCAGCUCUAUCAGAUCUAAAAAAGGCUAUCAUGUCUGCCCCUGCUCUAGGCAUCCUAGAUUACAACAAGCCAUUUACUUUGUUAUGUGCAUGAGUGAAGAGGAGUAGCUUCAGGUAUUUUAACUCAGACUUUGGGACCUUCUCAGCACCCAAUUGCUUAUUAUUCUGCCCAACUGGACCCAGUAGCAUCAGGAGCACCACCAUGUCUUAGAGGAGUAGCUGCUACAGCUUUACUACUGACAAAAAUGUUGAUCUAGUAUUGGGAUGCCCAUUAACAAUUAUGUGCCUACAUGAGGUGGAAGCAUUGUUGCUAAAGCAUAGAACACAGGCAUUCUCGGAUCAGAGAAUUACAAGGUAUGAAAUAACCUUGUUAAAUAGCGAAAACAUUACCUUGAAACAUUGUACUACUCUUAACCCUGCCACCUUGCCUCCAGAUUUACCAACUUCAGGAGAACCAUUACACAAUUGUGAAACAUUAGUGUCCAUGGCAGAAAAGCCUUAAGAUAAUCUCUUGGACACUCCCUUAGACAAUCCAGAUCUGAUCUUAUUUACCGAUGGUUCCUCUUUUAUGAGGGAUGGCAUAUGCUACACUGGAGCUGCUGUAGUCUCAGAAUUUGUCACUAAGUGGUCAGCUUCACUCCCCUCUAACAUUAGCGCUCAAGGAGCAGAACUCAUAGCUCUGAAACAUGCCUGUAUAAUUGCCAAGGAUAAAAAGGCAACAAUUUAUGCAGAUUCUAGAUAUGCUUUUGGCAUUUGUCACUCAGCUGAAACACUAUGGCUCCAGAGAGGAGUUUUAACCUCAGCCAGAAAAAUCUAUAGCUAAUGCAGAAAUUAUUAAUGAAGUCCUUUCUGCUCUUCAGCUGCCUGAAGCCCUAGCUGUAAUUCAUUGCUCUGCUCAUACAGGUGGCACUGACCCUGUCUUUAGAGGAAAUGAUUGAGCAGAUGCCACUGCAAAGCUAGCAGCCAUAGAAGGACCUGAUUAAUUUUAACACUAGCAACCACUGAUGACUUAAAUUUAUCACUUUCAUAUAAUGAAAAGGAAGUGAAAAAAUGGAAGCAAAAAUUCAAAGCAAAACAAAUCAAUGGAGUAUGGGUGUCAUCCAAAGUAAAACCCCUGCUCCCUAGAAGUUUCUAUCACCAAAUUUGCCAAUCUAUUCAUAAAAAUGGUCACUUUGGUACCCAGGGCAUUGUGGACUCUUUUAAGAGAGUAUGGAUAGCCCCUGGUAUAACUACUAUAGCCUCUAAAGUAUGUUCAGCCUGCUCUACCUGCAAGGCAUAUAACUAACAUGCAUUUCGUGGCAAAGCCUUUGGUUGGCGUCCUCUGGCUUACACACCUUUUGAGCAUCUACAGAUUGAUUUCAUAAGAAUGCCAAAGGCUGGACGUUAUAAAUUUUGUCUAGUCAUAGUAGAUCGACUAACCAGAUGGCCGGAAGCAUUUCCUGUGACCCGAGCCACAGCGACUUUUGUUGCUAAGGUACUUUUAAAAGAAAUUAUUCCUUGUUUUGGCCUACCAGCACGUAUUGAUUCAGGUAGAGGAAGUCAUUUUACUGAUUCUGUCCUAAACCAGAUAUAUUCUUGCUUGGGCAUAACUCCCAAAUUCCAUGUUCCAUAUCAUCCCCAGAGCUCAGGCCAAGUUGAGAGGAUGGACAAAGAACUUAAAAGUAUGAUUGUCAAAUUAUGCACUGAGACCCAUUUAAAAUAGCCUGAAAUUCUCCCUCUGGCCCUAUUUUAUCUUAGAAGCAGGCCUAGAGGAGACCUACACAUCUCACCAUUUGAGAUGCUUUUUGGACAUCUGCCUAUACAGGCUAAGCCUUUUCCCCCUGUAUAUACAUCACUGUUAGGGGGAGAUACUAUUAUUGCUUCCUAUAUACAGGAAUUACAGCACAAACUGCGUGAACUUCAUGAAUCUGGAGCUGCAGUACAAGCCGGACCACUAGACUUUUCACUUCAUGACCUGAACCCAGGAGAAAAAGUAUAUAUUAAGAAUUUCAAGCAUACUGGGUCAACUCAGCCUUCCUGGGAAGGACCAUUUCAAAUAUUGUUAACUACUCCAACAUCUAUAAAGGUUGGAGAAAAGGACUCUUGGAUUCAUUGCUCACAUGUGAAAAAAACAUCUUUGUUGAGACUGAUUGACUGUACUCUAUCAUAUGCACUGGAGAUAAUAAUCCAUUAAAAAAUGGAUGCUGUUUUUCGAAAACACAUUGAAUUCCUGAUUUUUCCUUAUUUUUAUUAUUGCUUUUCUUUUUUUUAUUAGAAUAUUUGAUUUUUUUCCUUUUUCCUCAUUUCUUGUACUAAAGGUACAUACAAUUAAUAUUAUUUUUCUACAGUAAUAUGUUAUAUAUAUUUGCUAAAAUAUCAAUGCAUACCCAAAAGCUUUAAACUGUGGGAACCUGCCAUUUAUUGAUAAAAUAUUAUGGGACUGUGAUUAAUGUUUGUAUCUGAUUCCAGGAAAUGGGAUAAAAACAAGGAGCACAGACUUAACCUGAAUAGUGCCAAAAAGAGCACACAGGAAAUGCUAAUGUGGACUUGAGUUUGUGACACUUGACAUAUGUUAAGUCGUAGGACUUCCUUGUAUCCACACUCUUUGUGAAGUACUCAUACAAGAACCAAAGUUUGACUAUCAUACUGGCUCCCAGUAUCUCUGAGAAUGUCAAACAUCAGAUGAGGGAAUGAUACUUCGCUACCAAAAUAGAAUUCUAGUUCCUUUUCUUCAUAUAUUAUGGUAACUUCCUGUAGUCUUGGCUGCAAAUGGGUAAGUGAAAUAUUACUGCAUUUUGUCCUACAGACUUAUGGGAUAGAAAUUACUUUAAAUUUGACCUAUACAAGGGCCUAUUUUGAAUUUUUUUCCUUAUGUUUUUGGUUAUUUUUCUCUUCUUUUGAUAAUUGACUCAUACCCCCAUAACUCAACAUUGCAUCCUGAGCUGAACUGGAUGUUUUUUAACACCUACUUCAGGGGGGAUUGUAUUUUAAUUUAAAAUCCAAGAAUUUUGAUUUUUUGUUUGAGAUUGUAUUUUUAUAAAAAUCCAAGAUUUUGAUUUUGUUCAAGGAAAGAACUUCAAGGUAGAAGCUCGUUAACUCCUAAAUCCAGAGAAUGAACUGUUGUAGAAAGAUGCCAGAAAAACCUACACUACAUCAAGAAGAUCAAGAAUGAACUUUGGAUAUGGUUGAUUGAACUGAAGUUUGAUUGAACAUUUAUUGUAAAUGUACACUUUUAUGCCAAAGGGACUGCCCCUAAUUUGGCUUUCUGUCAAUGCACCUAUCAAAACAUUGGUUUUGCUUUCUUUCUUUUCUAUUCCUUCCUAACUACUGUAAUUUCCUCUUAAGAAAAUUGAAUAUUAUAUACAUCUGUAGUUAGAAGUGCGUUUAGGACUACAAGAUGAUUAUGUUAAAUUAUCAAUGGGGAGACUAGUCUCCCAAUGAUCAUCAGGGGGGUUUGUGAAUCUUAAAAUUUCUCAGACACUACCUUGGAACAUUUGGUUAAGGUUAUUCCCCAUUUUAAACAAUGAAGGUACUUGGUCAGGAAUGUAUUGGGAACUCUAACAUUACUCCACCCAUAUUUAGGCAUACUUCAGGGUUAGAUAAAAUUGUAAACUCCUGAUGGAAUGAUGAGAAAAAGUCCUCAACUCAUACUUAUAGUGAGGCAAAAGCCCUUAAGCUAGGUCUAUUUUUAGAUCUAAUACAAAAGGGUGCUAAGUACCUAUGAAGGUCAAAUUAAUCACUAAAAGGUCAAGCAACUUACAAAGGGCAAGCUUAGCAAAGAGGUAUGAAGUACUCAGAAGAUAUAAUCUACCCAGAGAAGGUGAGAACUAAAGAGUGGUAAAAACUAAGAAUGGGCAGUCCUAGGAAAAGUGUCUACUGUGAUUGGUAGACGUGAAAAUUUAGGGGAGGUGACACAAGAGAAACUUUUCUUUAAAAGGAAGGAGCUUGAAGCCUCUGUGUGAAUUCCGCUUUAGAAGCUGAAUUGGAGGUCAGGAGUCAGAGGAGGCUCUCUGAAGGAGUUGGAUCUCGGACUAGUUGGAGUAACUGGGCCUCUGAACUUAGUUGAAGUUUUGCUUGGGACAAAAUCUUGGGGGGCCAAUAACAUUCAAGGAUGUGGCUGUGGACUUCAGUCAGGAAGAGUGGUGCCUAUUGGACCAUUCUCAAAAAGAGCUAUACCUGGAGGUCAUGCUGGAGAAUGUGCAGAAUCUACUCUCUGUGGGGCUUCCAGUUCCUAGAGAAAAUUUUAUCUCCUGUUUUCAACAAGGGAAAGCAUCAUGGCUGCUAGAGCAAAAAGACCCAAGAAACUCCUGCCCAGAGGCAGAGGCUAAUUUUGAAGUGAAGGAAAUGUCUAUGAAUUUGAGCUUUUUUGUGGAAGUAUCUUGCCCUCAAAGAUGCAUGAAUGAGGGUCCCCAUGACUUCAUUUUGAGAGAAAACUGUGACUCUACUAUCAACUUAAAUAAAAAUCCAAAAAGUGACAGUGAAUUUGGUAAAACUUCAGAGAAAUUCAGCCAAUAUUCAGUCCUAAAUCAGUAUAUGAAAUUGAUCUCAGAAAAUGACUGCUGUCGGGAUAGUGAAUAUAACAAAUGCUUUCCUGAUGAAGAAGGAAAUGUUCUGUUUCCUGAGAAACAUCCUGAAAUGUCCAUGUACCAAGGAAACCUAGAGGGAUUGGCCUGUGGCUGGAGUUUAGACCUUAAUAGACAUAACAAAAGUAAAUGUGUAUUGAUGGUUUCUGUGAGUGAUAAAGGUAGGAAACCUUUCAGUCAGAACUCUGAGUUUGCUGCACAUGAGAGAAUCCACACUGAAGAGAAACCUUAUGAAUGUCAACACUGUGGGAAGGCUUUCACAAAGAGGAGCAAUCUUGCUAAACAUCAGAAAAUCCACACUGGAGAGAAACCUCAUGAAUGUCAACACUGUGGAAAGGCUUUCACACAGAGGAGAUCUCUUGCUGCACAUCAGAGCAUCCACACUGGACAGAAACCUUAUGAAUGUAAACAGUGUGGAAAGGCUUUUACAUGGAAGGUCUCUCUUGAUACACAUCAGAGAAUCCACACUGGCGAGAAACUUUAUGAAUGUAAACAGUGUGGAAAAACUUUUACAUGGAAGUUCUCUUUUGUUGCACAUCAGAGAAUCCACGCAGGAGAGAAACCUUAUGAAUGUACACAGUGUGGAAAGGUUUUCACACAGAGGAGAUCUCUUGCUGCACAUAAGACAGUCCACACUGGAGAGAAACCUUAUGAAUGUAAACAUUGUGGAAAGGCUUUUACAUGGAAGAUCUCUCUUGAUACACAUCAAAGAAUCCACACUGGAGAGAAACCUUAUGAAUGUAAACAGUGUGGAAAGGCUUUUACAUGGAAGUUCUCUCUUGCUACACAUCAGAGAAUCCACACUGGAGAGAAACCUUAUAAAUGUAAACACUGUGGAAAGGCUUUCACAGACAGAGGCUCUCUUGUUAAACAUCAGAGAAUCCACACUGGAGAGAAACCUUAUGAAUGUACACACUGUAGAGUGGCUUUUAAUGUGAAAAGCCAUCUUGCUGCACAUGAGAGAAUCCACACUGGAGAGAAACCUUAUGAAUGUAAACAGUGUGGAAAGGCUUUUAUAAGGAGGAGCUAUCUUACUAAACAUCAGAGAAACCACACUGGAGAGAAACCUUAUGAAUGUACACACUGUAGAGUAGCUUUUGCUAUGAAGAGCCAUCUUGCUGCACAUGAGAGAAUCCACACUGGAGAGAAAUCUUAUAAAUGUAAACAAUGUGGAAAGGCUUUUAUAAGGAGGAACUAUCUUGUUAAACAUCAGAGAAUCCACUCUGGAGAGAAACCUUAUGAAUGUAAACAAUGUGGAAAGGCUUUCAGAGAGAGAGGCUCUCUUACUAAACAUCAGAGAAUCCACACUGGAGAGAAACCUUAUGAAUGUACACAGUGUGGAAAGGCUUUCACACAGAAAAGAUCUCUUGCUGCACAUAAGAUAGUCCAUACUGGAGAUAAACCUUAUGAAUGUAAACAUUGUGGAAAGGCUUUUCCAUGGAAAGUCUCUCUCUCCAGACAUCAGAGAAUCCACUCUCAAGAGAAAUCUUAUAAAUGUAAACAAUGUGGAAAGAUUUUCACAGAGAGGGACUCUCUUGAUAAACAUCAGAGCAUCCAUACUAGAGAGAAACCUUAUAAAUGUAAACAAUGUGGAAAAGCUUUCAUAGAGAGAGGCUCUCUUGCUAAACAUCAGAGAAUCCACACUGGAGAGAAACCUUAUGAAUGUACACAGUGUGGAAAGGCUUUUCCAUGGAAGGUCUCUCUCUGCAAACACCAGAGAGUCCACUCUCAAGAAAAAUCUUAUAAAUGUAAACAAUGUGGAAAGAUUUUCACAGAGAGGGACUCUCUUGAUAAACAUCAGAGCGUCCAUACUAGAGUGAAACCUUAUGAAUGUAAACAAUGUGGGAAUGCUUUCACAGACAGAGGCUGUCUUGUUAAACAUCAGAGAAUCCACACUGGAGAGAAACUUUAUGAAUGUAAAUGGUGUGGAAAGACUUUCAAAGAUAGGGGCCAUCUUUCUGUACACCAGAGAAUUCACACUGGAGAGACACCUUAUGAAUGUAAACACUGUGGAAAGGCUUUCACUCAGAGAAGCCAUCUCACUACACAUGAGAGAAUCCACACUGGAGAGAAACCUUAUGAAUGUAAACAAUGUCAAAAGGCUUUCACACGGAGAAGAUCUCUUGCUGCACAUAAAAUAGUCCAUACUGGAGAGAAACCUUAUGAAUGUAAACAAUGUGGAAAGGCUUUCACACAGUGGGGCUAUCUUGCUGUACAUCAGAGAAUUCACACUGGAGAGACACCUUAUGAAUGUAAACAUUGUGGAAAGGCUUUCACUCAGAGAAGUCAUCUCACUACACAUCAGAGAAUCCACACUGGAGAAAAACCUUAUGAAUGUAAACAAUGUGGAAAGGCUUUCACACAGUGGGGCUCUCUUAGUAAACAUCAGAGAAUCCACACUGGAGAGAAACCUUAGGAAUGCAAACAGUGUGGUAUGGCUUUCACAAAGAGGGACUAUCUUGCUACACAUCAGACAAUUCACACUGGAGACAGGCCUUAUUUUAUGAGAUAAAAUCAUGCAUUAUUCUCUAGCAUAUAUUAAUUAGUAUUAAUUUUUGAUUGGUAACUUCUAUACAAAAUUAGUGGAAGUUAGGCACCCUUCAGAAGGAAGAUAUUAAUCUCUCCGUAUGAAGAGUAAAGAAAUCUCCCUCCCUAAGAAGCUUUUUAUAUGUACAUGAAUAUAUACCUUUAAUCCACUCUUUUCUAAUGUGUCCAAUAUCCUCCUUUUUCUCUCACCUGAUGUAGGGGAAUUCUUUAUUCUCUUUGUCUAUUUUGAGUUAACACUUAAGUUAACACUUACUUGGAGAGCUCCCCCUUGUUACCAAGUAAGAGAAUUCACAAGUCACUUAAUUGGAAAGCUCAAUUCUUUUAACCCAAUCAAUCAGAAAUUUGUGAAUCCUAUGAGGGUUAACACCUUCAGAAGCUAAGAAGUGGAUCCCCCAAGACAGUACCCACCUAAACAGUGCUAGGCAAUUUGGAAGCUAUGAUUGGCCCCUGUGAAGAGGGGAAGGGACGAAAACGAUUAUAAAAGCCCUGAACUUCUGUGGCUGAAGGUCAUGGUUGUCUUAUUCGACUGGUUGAUCUGUCUCUUGGAUGUAACUUGGGACUUGAACUGGGUCUGGGUCGAGUGAAUAUCUGGCUUUCCUUUCCUGACUUCUGGAGAGGGUUUAACUGUGGUCUAGGGUUAAAAAGUCAUUCUGGGAUAAAUAUCUUCACUAUCCUCUUUUUGUAUUUUUCUUUGUAAAUAAAAGCUAUUGAAACUCA